AAAAAAAAAAAAUCUGUUUAUUCCAUGAUUGAUUUGCUUUGUAAUUAAGGAGAUUGUAUGGAUCUUCUACAUGCAGUUUUAACAAGAAAAAAAAGGAGACAAUUGUACCUAAAGCGGUUUUGGCAAUAACAUAAUGCAGGGUGAUUUUCUUUUGUUAGACUGAGCUUGUUGUCUACAGCAUCAAAUGGGGAAACUUUAACUACUGAUCUUAUUCCUCAUUCCCUUUUUUUUUUCUAUCAUUUCAAUUUGAUAUGCCAAUCGAGAGAAACGAAGAAGUUGGUAGCAAUAGGCACAGCUCGCUCGUUUGGAGAGUACCAUUAGCAUGUAAAAUUGAUUUUCAAAUCCUACCUGCUUUAUGUAUUUUUUAUUUCUUUAGUUCUUUAGAUAGAUCAAGCACAGAAUUUGUUGAUACAAAUGGCCUUGCGAGAGAUUUGAAUAUCAAUGGCAAGCAACUUUCAACAACGACCUCCAUGUAUUAUUUCUGUUCUAUUAUAUUGAACUUACCAUCCAACAUCAUUUUAAGAAGAUGGCGUGCUUCAUAUUGGUUAGGUAUCAUUAUGGGCAUAUGGGGAAUGAUGUGUAUUUGUACAGCAGCUUGUACAAAUUACAAUAGACUUGUCAUUGUCAAACUGUGUUCAAAUAUUUGUGAUGCAGCAUUUCUGCCUGGCGUUAUUUAUUAUCUUUCUCUUUGGUAUACACGAAGCGAGUUAGGUUUACGUUUAGGUAUUUUUUGGUCUUGUCGUUGUUUAGCAAUAGGCUUUGGCCGUUUGUUUGCUUAUGGUGUGAGUCAUAUGAAUGAUAGUGAUAUGCAUAUAUGGCAAUGGACUUAUAUCUUUCAAGGAGCUCCUUGCAUUGUGUUGGCCAUCAUAACUUCAUGGCACCUUCCUAACGACAUCAAGUCCUCACCUUUUUUAGUGGAGCAAGAAAGAAAAAUUCUUAUUCGCAAGUUAGAAGAUGAUUGUGGGGCAUUCAAUGACAACGAUUGGUCUUGGGAACAAGUAGGAUCUACCCUGACAGAUCCCAAGAUGUUUGCCUAUAUUCUUUUAUACAUUUUGGUAUCAGCAGUGUUACAAGGAACAACACUAUUAUUACCUACAGUGAUUGAACAGAUGAAAAUAAGUCCUUCAAUCCAAGGGCACUUACUUACCAUACCGCCUUAUAUACUUGCCAUCAUGAGCAUUCUUGUCUUAUCUUUUACAUCUGGACACCGUCAUAGUAGAUCAAGAUUUAUAUUGCUACUUAACAUUAUGUCCAUUGCUAUUCUUAUUGCUCUGAAGCUCAUGAUUUCCUACAACAAAUACGAUAGCUACAUUAUUGCAUGUAUUUUGAUUUCCAUCACGUAUGCUCAAAUCGUCCUUGUGACAACUUGGACAAUCAAUAAUUUUGUAGGGUUCACGAGAAGAGCGAUUGCUAUUGGGAUUAUUGUUUCGUUUGGCUUGACAGGAAGUGCUGCAGGCAGCCAAUUGUUUCAAGAUGCUCCAGCUUAUGCUAGAAGCAAAUCCAUUGUACUCGCUUUGUUUAUUGCUCAAUUUAUUUUGGUGUGUAUCGUUCGAUAUUCGCUUUCAAGAGAAACGAAGCGAAGAAUGGAGAUGAAUUCAGAUGCAAGACAAUACCAAAUCUAUAAAGCGGGCGGUGUUGAUUUGGCAGGCGAUCGACAUCCUGAUUUUAGUUAUACUUUAUGAAGGGCCUAGUACCGCUUUUGAACUUUGUUUCACUAAUAUAAUCAUAACUUUAUUCAAAUAUAAACAGAAAGGCAAAGAAGUGAACUUCAAUGAGAGCUACAACAACAAUGAAAUAUUAAAGCCA